AUGGUGGUGUGCACGAUCUUUGUUGCUGCCCUGUGGGUGUUGGCCUUGCUAGAGCCCCAAGUUGGAAUAGAUGCGGCUGUCUGUGAUGGUGAAACCGUGACCGAUCCAGUGUCACUUCGAGAUCCCACCGGCUGGGACAGCCAAGAUUCAAUCGGGGGGGCCGGGCAGAGAAGGCAAGGGCACGUCAGUGCAGAAGUUACGGCCUGGGACCAGAAACACGCUGUAGUGUUUGGUGGUACGAGCGUGCGAACUGAUGACGUAAAUGAUGUCGUUGGACGGGAAGCAGGAGUAUUUGUCGUGGACAUCACCAACCCGGCGAACUGGACGGAGCUCGAGAUGGUUGCAUACGAUGGAGCACCGCAUGCCGUAUUCAGACCCGCUUCAUUCGUGUGGGACAAUUCUUUGUUCGUGGUCUGCGGGCAUACUGAGGAGCCCUUCACGGUGACAACCGAAAUUUGGCGAGCCGACAUACAGGGAUUCGAAGAGGCCCCGGAGGGUCUGUGGCGACCCAUAAACGCUUCCAAGACUGAUGCCUUGGGCGGGCAGGUGUAUGAUAUCCCCAGAUAUGGACACACGGCAACAGUGCUCAACACAGGAGAGGCCAACCCUACAGAGGCGUGGGCAAUUGUUAUUGGUGGCAUGACCGGGAGUCAGAACAGCGUGGAUACCAACCUCAUCCUGCAUUUGUCCGAGUCAUCGGAUGAGUUUGUGUGCGAUGAAGACGCCCUAGUAAACAUCACCAGCUCCUACACUUGCGGCCAGCGGACGCCGACCAGGCCGACAGAGACGGAGGGAGAGUGGUUGUACUUGGACUCAAGGCUAUCAAACGAUUCGAAGCCUGCCUCGCGUUCCUACCACGCCGUCGCCUCGCUGGCCUCCAAUGGUCUGGGUGGCUCUGCGUGCCUCUAUAUGUACGGCGGCCGAAACUACGAGAUGAGCAUACUAUACUCGGACCUUUGGAGCUUGUGCCCAGUUUCCAACUACCUCGGGAACAGCGAGGACACAACGUUCACGUGGACCGAGCUGUCUCCAGCGGGAACUCUGCCAUUGGGACGAUACGGCGCGGUCUUCGUUGCUGGAAUCAAAGACGCUCCGCAUCGCAUUCUGCUAUACGGCGGUACGGGAAGAUACCCAAAUUCGUACAUGGCUGACGAGUUCACGAAGGAGUAUGACACCUACAUGAACGCAUGGGUGGACAGCUCCCUUGAGGAUGGUAGCUCGACCUACCCAGUGGGAAGGAGAGAUCACACUCUGGAGGGUGUCGGGGAUUUCUUGGUGCUUAUCGCUGGAAUCAACAACGACGAGGAGGCUUUGCAGGACAUGUGGAACGUCAACUUCUCGAGCCCAAUGUGUUCGUCCGGCAACUACAUGUUUUUCUGUGAGUCCACGUCAUCUCCGGUGUGCGGCGUGUGUCCAGACGGCACCGCUACCGAUCGCGCCUCCUACAUCUGCGAGACGUGCACCAGCGGCUACUUUGCCGAGGCAGGAUCCCAGGAGUGCUCCCCAUGCCCUGCGGGAAAGUAUGGAAAUGGGGACGGCGGUGUCGUGGAGGCAACAGCGUGCAGCGAUUGCCCGGCAGGUACAUCGACAACUAACGGCGUGGGGACGGCUUCAGAGGACGGAUGUCUACCCUGCGAGGCAGGCACCUUCAGCCUGACGGGAGCGCUGGAGUGCUCGCCGUGCCCGUCCGGGUUCUACUCCGAAGUCCGCGCGUCGGAGUGCAUCCCCUGCCCCGUCGGCACAUAUCGGCAGGAGGACUCCACGCUGGGGUACUGCUCGGAUUGCGCGGCCGGCACCUACGCCCCGUUCGAACAAACCACCGCCUGCUUGGAGUGCCCGAAGGGCUACUACAGCCCCGACGGCGGGGCGACAGAGUGCAGCCCUUGCCCCGCCGGCACGGCCGGCGCCAGCGUUGCCAGCGGCCCCUUGGCCGACGCCUGCGUGUCUUGUUUGCCCGGGGAGUACUCGAGCGAGGACGGGUCGAUGGCUUGCGACCAGUGCCCGGCAGGAACGGCAUCGGCCGCCGACGGGGCGUCCAGCGAUGGCGCUUGUCAGACCUGCUUGAGCGGGACGUUCGCGGGAGUGGGGUCAAGCAGCUGCCAGGAUUGCGUCGCCGGGCAGUAUAGCACCCUGGACGGCUCGGAGACGUGCGACUUAUGUCCCGUCGGCACCUACGUCGACGUCACAGGCUCAAUGUCCAUCGGGGAGUGCGAAUACUGCGCUCAGGGAUCCACAACUCUCGCCGCCGGCUCUAACAGCACAGACGACUGUCUGCCGUGCCCCCCGGGUACCCGAACCGUUGCUCUUGUCGAAGGAGGCGGAUGCCAGGAUUGCCCACGGGGGGAGUACACCUCCACAUACGAAGCGGCGCAAGAAAUGAACUGCACCAAAUGCGUGGGGGGCUUCUUCGCCGACACCAUCGGCUCUGACUUGUGUACCGAGUGCCCCGAGGAGCAGCUGUCCUACAGCGCACACGAGACGUGCUUGGCUUGCAUCACCAACACCUCGUGUCCCAUCGGGCCGAACGGCGAGACCUGCAGCGGUGUCGGCGACUGCUACCUCGGCGUGUGCGAUUGCAGCACCGGGUUCGACAGCGUGGAUUGCUCCAGCGGCACCUGCGACGGCUGCGGCGGGGUGUUCGGGUUCGACUACGACUCCGCGGUGGUGGGUACCGCCGAAUCGGGGGGCACCGUAAGCCUGACGCUCGUCCGGCUCGUGGGGACGGACGGGGAGGUCACCGUCGACCUAGACGUGACGGGAGGAAACGCCACCGAAGUCUCCGAUUUUGGCGGGACGUGGCCGAUUCAGGUAGUUUUCGAUGACGGGCAGACCGAGAGCGCGGUCUCCCUCCCCGUCGUGCACGACAACGAUCCCGACGAGGGAUGCGAAGGCGUUACCAUUGGUGUCACGGCCGUCAGCGGCACGGGCUCCGCGGUUGUGAACGGGGGCAUCCACGACGUCAGCGCCGAGGCGGUCGUGACGAUAGAGGAGGACGACUUCACGAGCGCUGUGCGCAGCACGACGCUCCCGACAGGAUUGGGCGUCGGCGGGGGGGAGCUGUCGCCGGCAACCGCUGAGGUUGUAAUCGCUGAUGCCACCGCUACGUGGUCGUCAGACGUCACGCUCUCGGUUGUCGGCGUCACCCCAACAAACCGGUCGACUGCCCUUCCCUUGGACGUCCUCUUCUUGGCCGAGUCUCACUCGACGGUGGCCACUGAUCUGGAACGCCUGGUUGAGCUGCUGCCGGGCUUGGUCGCCGAGAUGCAGUCGAGCUAUUCCUCGGUCAUGCUUGGCCUGGCCGCUUUCACCACGACCGCUUCGUCGUACGACUUCCAAGUCCUCGCACAGAUGAUGCUCAACCUGUACCCUGUGGUGGUGGCCCUCGAUACUCUCGCGACGAGCAGCCUAGCCGCGUCCGAAAGCGCUCCCGGGGCUCAAGUAGUCGGCCUGUACGAAGCCGCAGACGACGCGACGAACGAUGUCGGCUGGAGGGGCGACGAGGACGGAGACUCUUUCCGCAUUGCUGCGGUCGUCACGGGGUCGCACUUCGCGGAGGAGGCGGGCUUCGACACAUCGGACACGGGUACUUGGACGGUACCCAACGGCGUAACCGUGUCGGAGCUGCAAUCACGCCUUUCUUCGGCAGGAGUUCAUCCGAUCUUCCUUCUCACCGACUCCUCUCUGGAAGACGCAUACACAGCGCUCGUGGACGAGAUAGGCUUCGGCGCGGUGGUAGCGGUGGACGAGACGGACGCAGUCGCGAACAACUACAACGAGGACUACCUCCCGCGAGCGUUGGCAGGCGGACUCGAGGCGUUGUUUUCCCAGGCCGCAUUGCUAGUCCAGUCGGACGAUGGAGGGUUUGUCGCUUCGACUACCCCGGAGCCUGACGCCUUCCGGAGUGUCGCCGCGGGGACCGAGGUCACGUUCGCGGUCGACAUGUCGGCAACCGUUGCGUCAGACACCGGGAGCGGAGAAGUCAUCCUAUCCUUUCAGGGGCACAAGACGGUCAUCACGGUACUAAGGGAGUACUCUUCCUGCGCUGCCACCUCGAGGUCGAGGGUUACCGGAGCCGCUGCCGCCACCGCAGACAACGCAAGGGCGGGCUGGCUGCAGAGGUUCCACACAGACGAGCCAUCAAAAUGGACGUUCGAUUCGGGCUUCUCCUUGGGUAACGAGACCUUGGGGCCGUUCGGGGUGUCGGCGGACGUCCUGGCUGUCUCUUGCCCGGGGGGGUGUAGCGACCAGGAAGCGUAUCAAGACAUAACCGUGGCCGUCGACUCGGAACUCCCGAUGGUGGUCAAGGCCUACUUCUACCUGUCCGCCUUGUCCACUGCGACUGUCGCGUCGGUGUCGCUGGACGUGACCUAUUCCUCUGGUGGCCAAAGCGUCGAGGUGGAAUCGUUCGGGUUUCUGGACUUUGUGGCCUCGUCCGCAACGUCGGGCACCUGGACCCAGGACAUCGAAGCCGUGUAUCCCACGAAAGUUAUCACCAGCGCGAGGGUAAAGAUUUCCUUCUCGGGUACGGGCGAGGCUGCCUUCACCGGGGUGGCACUCUUCGCUCACCCGGAUGUUGCCUGUCGCUGUGAGGCGGGGUACUACCUUGACGUCGCCUCAGCACCGGGAGGAGUUCUUACGGCCUGCCUCGACGGUGAGUACUCCAUGGGCGGCUACAUCGAGUGCCUCCCGUGCCCCGUCGGUUGGCUUUGCUCCCAAGGCCUCGGCGUGCCGUGCGGCUACGGGACGACCCGAACCUCCCUCACCACCAACGCCCAAGAGGAAGAGGGGUCGACGUCAAGCGUGGCGGGGACGUACGGAGGUAGCUGCAUCUCGUGCCCGGCGGGCAUGGAGUGUCCCGGCGGGGGAGUGUUCCAGGAGUGCGAGCCAGGGACGCACGCCCCAGGUGGAGGGCCAAGCAACAUGUGCAUGCCUUGUUUUCCAGGGAGCUUCACGAACGACACGGCCGCAGCGGAGUGCGAAGAUUGUCCAGCCGGUUUCACGUCUAACUACGGCGCCAACGAGUGCUUUGAGUGUCCGCCGGGGUUCGUGUCUGAGGCAGGGCAGCACCCGUGCGAACCGUGUAGUUCGGGGAGCUUUUCCACAGCGGGCGACGCGGAGUGCACGCCGUGUCCGAUUGGAUACUAUGGCGAGCAGAUCGCCAUGUGGAUGUGCGAAGAGUGCCCGGACUCGAAAACUACGGUAGCAGAGGGAUCUACUUCACAAGAAGACUGCGUUUAG